GCAAUUGCAGCCAAAUUGCAAUGUCAAUGCCAACGGCGAGCUCGGCAGUGCCGCGACGCCACAAAAUCACCACACUCACUGCAGCUGACCAACGCGUGUGAACAGUUCACUCAAGUAGCGGUGACACGCUAAUGCAUGUUAUAUAAGUCGGAAAAAUUAAGUAAAAAUAUUUUUUGGCAAUAAACGAAAAUGGAAUUCAAAUCGAAAAGUGAAGUGUUUAAAUAAUUUGGUUUUUUGCUGUGUGUCCCACUGUAAGCUACGGCGUAUGAGGAACAUUUAUCGUCGCCACAAAGUAUGCAACGGGUUUUUAUGUGCGCUCCGUGUGUGUCAAGGUCGCGUAAACGUGCACGGUUUUUCUUUUUUUUUUUAGAUAACGCCGCGUUGUUUCGUGCAUUUCUUCUUGUGACGUAAACCGCCGCCGCGUUGGUGGCAUUGAAAAUCUAUGUUUACGGAUUCUUUGGAUGUGCAGUAAUUUGCACUUUUAAAAUUUAAAUACAAAAUACGAAAAUGUGUGAGUGUGCCAAACAAAAAUAAUAGAGAGCGGCCAAAUGUGUUUCCAAAAUAAUACAGUGUGUGCUGGAAGUAUACAUUAUUAAACAAAUAGUUUUCAGCAAACUUUUAUAUAUGUAUACUUAAUUUUAAUAACUGACGGAAAAUUUUUUUAUUUUAAGUAAAUUUAAAUUUUUUUGUAAUUUUUUACAAAUAAAUAUUUGCACAUUUUAAUAUAAAUACAUCUGUCAUUAUUUGCUAUUGCUAGAGAUUAGGCCGAUAUAUUCCACCUUUUUGUGGGUUAAAUAGUUUCUAUUUAAAAUAUUUAAUCCUUUUCAGAAGGCACGAAACUCGCUUAGCACAUGUAAUUCAUAUACAUAUUUCUAUACAGAGAAAAAAUAUAUCUACAAGUAAAAAUUUUAGAUUAUUUUAUGCUCAACCUGAAUAAAAACUGUUUGCUAAACGGUUAAAAAGUUAAGCUAUUUUUAAUGAAAACAUAUUUUUUUCACUGUGCUCGCCGACUUCUUUUAAAAUCAAGCUAAACAUCAUAACUUGGGGGAUAUUUUUAUUCUCUGUAUAUCAUCAAAAGUUCAUUUUAAGUUCUUGAACUCGAUAGGUUAGUUUUUGACUCACCCUAAUAUACAUACAUGAAAAAUUUCGAAUAAAGACAAAAAUAAUGCAAUAAAAACCCUUUUGGAAAUACAGUGGAAGGGAACUAAUAAAAUUAGGUUAGUUUCUGAGCAGUUUAGGGGAGUUUUAAAGCAGUUCGAUUUCAAGUUAAUACGACUACAACAUUCAAUCCACCUAAAGCAAUAUAUAUCAAUAACACAGCUGACGAAUUUUUAGCCAAAGAAAAGGAUAUAGAGACAGAACGCCUUCGAGGAAAGCCCAAUCUCUGGCGUUUGGGUCCACAGUUAGAUUGUGUAUUUUCACUGAACUGUCACAUUUUAGUCUUCGUGUAGCUUUCAUGUUCGAUUAACAUGCACAUAUUUCGCACGUGAAGACAGCAUUCCCUGUUUAAGUGCCGCAGUGUUGCAAGAACCACCGAACCGUUCAUUCGGCGCCGCAUAAAUUAGUUUUUAUAUUUCGAAACUCUGUGCCUCACUCGUGUUUCGAUAAGACGUCAACGGAUACUGUUUCGGCUACGUUUUUUAGCAACGUUCUUUUUUCUUGUUCCACUGCUUCUUGCAGUAUCGCUAGUUCGCACGAAGCUCAAACUGUGAUAUAAUUUAGUAAAAUUGAAGAAAGUGAAGUUUUUAGUGCAAAAAUUAACUAACGAAAAUUUAGUGCUGUGUAUAUUGUAUAACAAAUUGAAACCAGUCAGCAUAACGCACGUCAAACCACUCUGCCAACACCAGCAAAGUGAUACUACUUAACGGUUUUGCACCACGCUCACGUUGCCCUUCAGUGGCCAUAACACUACGAAAAUUGCUCAAGAAAAGGCGCGUCUGCCCUUUCCCAUUCCACGGUACACCACCAUGAAUAAGACGACACUGCACUGGAGUUAUCUCAACUUCAAGGAUGUGCCCAUGGAUCUCUAUCUUUAUGAAGACCUCGAAGAGGUGUACCUGAAGGAGAAUUUCAUCACCACAAUUCCCAAAUGGCUGCUGAAUGUUACGACACUAAAAUUCAUCCACUUGGCUGGCAAUAAUUUGAGUGCGAUUCCUGAGGAGAUGUAUCUGUUGGAAAAUCUGGAGUUUCUCGAUGUCUCAAACAAUCAAAUACGUGAACUUCCGAAGACUAUUGGACUGAUAGACCGCUUACAACGUUUAAAUGUGAGUGGCAACGAGCUGACCGAGCUGCCCGCUGAAAUUGGUGCUUUGAAACAACUUGAAGAGCUCAACAUAUCCAAGAAUCAUCUGCAACGACUGCCAAUACAGCUAAGCGAGUGCCAGCGUCUAAACGUGCUGAACCUCAGUGACAAUGUCAACAUCUGGCAUAUACCCGAGCGGGUUUCCAACCUACCAUCACUACAAUCUCUAUCAGCGGAUCGUUGCUCACUUUUUACCUGCCAGUGGCACUUCUAAGUUCAUAAACCACGUCCGCAUAUUUCACAACACAUCCAUUACUCACGUGCCCAUGAUCUAUGAGAAGCACUUCCAAACUUUCUAUGAUAAUCGCGCAAAAUACACCGCU